ACUGAAAAAUUCCGGACCUCUUUGUACUUUUUCCACAAAACCUCGCAUCGGCGGAUUUGAAUCCAAUUUAGGUCAUUACUAAUCAGCAGCACCACAAGAAGAAGAAGAACAACAAGGUGGAGUUAGUAUCUUUAGGGUUUUUGAUCUUCGCAGUUGUUGCUUACAGAUCUUCAAAACUGAUACCUGAAGCUUGUAAAUUUGAUAAAAUUACAUCUUUCAAGAUGUUUUGGCGCAUGCCUGCUCUCUCUGCUUCUUCUCCUGUGGAAUCAGUUUUAGAUAAGGAAAAUUUCACUUUAGAAGAGCUUUUGGAUGAAGAAGAGAUUAUCCAAGAAUGCAAGGCUUUAAAUAGUCGCCUCAUUAACUUUCUACGUGAUAGAGUUCAGGUUGAGCAGUUGCUGCGAUACAUCGUUGAAGACCCUCCAGAGGAUGCAGAAAGCAAACGAGUCUUCAAGUUUCCUUUUAUCGCCUGCGAGAUAUUUACUUGUGAAAUCGAUGUUAUCUUAAAGACAUUAGUGGAUGAUGACGAGCUGAUGGGCUUGCUUUUCUCUUUUCUGGAACCAAACCAUCCUCAUAGCCCUCUGCUAGCUGGGUACUUUAGUAAGGUUGUAGUAUGCCUGAUGCUGAGGAAGACAGUCCCACUUAUGAACUAUGUUCAAGGCCAUGGAGAUGUAUUUCGCCAGCUAGUUGAUUUGAUAGGAAUAACAUCCAUCAUGGAGGUUUUGAUUCGGCUUGUCGGGGCCGAUGACCAUUUCUAUUCCAAUUUUACGGAUGUGAUGCAGUGGUUAGCUGAUAGCAAUUUGCUUGAAAUGAUCGUGGAUAAGUUGAAUCCAUCUUGUCCGUCAGAAGUUCAGGCUAAUGCAGCGGAAACACUGUGCGCCAUCACUAGAAAUUCUCCUUCAGCUUUAGCUGCUAAACUCUCUAGCCCAAGUUUUAUUGAAAGGAUAUUUUGUCACGCUCUGGAAGAAUCUCAAUCAAAAUCUGGCCUUGUGCACCCUCUGUCUAUCUGUAUUUCUUUGCUAGAUUCCAAGAGAUCCGCGUCCUCUUUUUAUUCAAUGAGAAGUCAACACUUAUACGAACAACCUAUACCUGUUAAUCCUGUGACUAUUACUGCCAUGAUUCCGAAACUUGGUGACUUGCUUACCCUUCUGAAUACAACCUCGGAUGAGACCAUUUUGCCCACAACAUAUGGAAGUCUAAGGCCUCCUCUUGGAAAGCAUCGUUUAAAGAUUUUGGAGUUUAUUGCUGUUCUAUUGAGGAUUGGCAAUGACCUUGCGGAGAAGGAGCUCGUUAUCUUGGGAGCUAUCCAAAGAAUUCUCGAUCUGUUUUUUGCGUACCCGUUCAAUAAUGCUCUACAUCAUCAUGUAGAGAGCAUUGUGAUAUCAUGUUUGGAGAGUAAGAACAACACUGUUGUUGAUCACCUCUUUCAAGACUGUAAUUUAGUUGGAAAAAUUCUUAAAGCAGAUGGGAACUCCGAUCUCUUUGGAGACGAAAAUCAGCCAACACUAAUCGCUGUUGGAAGACAACCACCCCGGUCUGGGAACCAUGGUCACAUUACACGUAUUUCUAACAAGCUUGUGGAACUGGGAAAUGGAAACAGUCAAAUUCAGACAUAUCUAAAGGAAAAUGGCGAUUGGGUUAAUUGGCAAACCACUGUUCUGCAAGAGCGUAACACGGUGGAGAAUGUUUACCGAUGGGCUUGUGGUCGUCCAACAGCGCUGCAUGAUAGGACAAGAGAUAGUGAUGACGACGAUAGAGAUUAUGAUGUUACAGCACUAGCAAAUAAUCUAAGCCAGGCUUUUAGAUACAGUAUUUAUGAGAACGAUGACACUGAAGAGGUUCAAGGUUCUCUUGAGCGAGAGGAUGAGGUAAGAUUUCCCAUUUGCUGCGCCCAAGGCUCUAAUAUAUAUCAUGUUUGUUUAGGUGAAAUACACAACAAGACAGAUACUCACUUACUCAGCUGGGAAAAAACCCAGAAGAUGUACUAUGGUCUUAAAGUGGUUGAUUAUUUAAGAGUUAUGUUACUGAUGCAGGAUGCUUACUUUGAUGAUGAGUCAGCUGAAGUUGUAAUCUCAUCACUGAGGCUUGGUGACGACCAGGAGAGCAAUUUGUUCACAAAUUCCAACUGGUUUGCUUUCCAAGAUGACAUAGUUGGCACAGAGGGUCUGAGUACUUCGACCUCUGAGAAGAUGGAUGAUGUUAACUUGAAUGGAGCAACAAGUGGUGGUAACAGCAGUAGCGAUGAUGAAGUGGUGGUUGGUGAGGAUUUGUUGGUAGGUAACACGGCAUCCGGGUCCAGCUCGAGUUCACCUGAUGCAGAAGACGUGAAUCUUCACAAAGAAAAUGCAGGUGCUUCCAGUGAUGUGGGUUCUUUCCAGUAUGAAAUGGCGGACAAAAACACUCCAUCUGGAGAUAGAUCGUUACCCGGUUGCAAGGGAGGGCAGGAUUCUUCUGAUGCGCAGGUUAGUGGGUCAGACUGGAAUCCUUUUAAUGAUGAUGGUAAGGCUCAAGUUGAUCAUAUAAUGGAGUCAGUUGAUGCUGCUCCUGAUCCUCUAUGCAAUGGAGAGGUCAUAGUUCCACCAAGUACUGCAAGCCCAAUGGAUUCAAGCGAUUGCACCGUGGGAAGCAGCACAAGCAACGGACCUACUGUGGCACCAUCGUUAUUCGAAGAGGAUGUCGAAUUUGUUGGUGUAGAGAUGGAGGGCACGGAGAAAGCAAUGGAACAAGCACUAAAAGAAGGAAUAGUUGGAGAAGCAGGGCCGCUAAAGAGGAACCUUGUGCCGAAGGUGGUACCAGAAAAGAAAUCUGAGGAAGAUGAUGGUGGCGAAGGAUUGUUAGAGUUCAAUGAUAUGAACUACUGGAAGGUCGAUCAAGAGGUUGCUGUGGUUCAGGAGUGAAAUGACAAAAUGCUUCAGGUUAAUCUGUCCCUCGAAGCAGGAUGAUCUAAGAAAGAUCUAGACACAAUGAUGCCGUGUUUGUUGGUGGGCAAGACGGGCCGAUGCAUUUUGGCGGGUGCAUGUGUAAAGUGAUUUCCAGGUGGGAGAAACUCGAUGUGGUAUGGGGGUUAUAAAGGUCAUGUUGUAUUGUUGUGAUCUACUAUUGUUUUUCGUUUUGAUGAUGAUACUGUAAUUGUUAUUGCUGUUAUUCUAAGUAAUGUCUAUCUAUUCUUAGGGUUAAUCCCAUUAUCCACCAGUUUUGAUUCAGUUCAAGUGUUAACAGUUCACAUCUUCAAAGUUUAGGACAGUCGAAUAAAAUUUCUAGUGUUCUCUUCUUUCUUUUUA